AUGUGCACGCAGGUCUUUCUUGCGCUCCUGCUAGUGACCGCUUCAUGUCUGGAGGUAUCGCUGACAGACUUUGGUGCGGAGACUGGUCCGGAGGGGCUCGCAGCUGCCACCCGCGCGCUGCACCGAGCUCUGGCGGCGCUUGCCGAAAAGGGCGGCGGCCGCUUAGUCGUUCCACCCGGAUCCUGGCACAUUGGCCCGGCCAACCUCACCAGCAACCUAGUACUGUGGCUGUCGGAGGGCGCCGUGCUUGUAGCCGACACAGACCGUGCGCGGCUGCCCGUCUUGCCAGCUGUUCCUUCCUGGGGUCCAGACCUCUCUGCGCAGCAAGUCCUUCGACAGGGCUACCUCAAAGCACAGGCGGAUCUUCGGGAUGCCAUCCCGAGGUAUCAGCCGCUGCUAUGGGGCAGCAAGGUCAGAAAUGUAACUAUCACCGGCGCAAACGGGACCAUAGAUGGUCGUGGUGCGGAUUGGUGGACGCGAUGGCUGCGCGAGCCCCUUCUCGGAAGACCCCACGUUCUGCAGUUCCAAGAGUCCGCUGGCAUCCUUCUGCGCAAUGUGACGAUCAGGAACCCUGGAUUCUGGUCGGUGCACCUCUGGAACUGCGAGCAUGUCGUUGUCCAGCACCUCACCAUCCUCGUUGAGCCGUGGGACCCUCUGAUUCGGCCGACCAACACGGACGGCGUGAAUCCAGAUUCCAGCCGGCAUGUGCUGAUCGAGGAUAGCUACUUCCAGACCGGGGACGAUGCAGUGGCCAUCAAGAGUGGAUGGGACUGCUUUGGGCGACGGCUCGCAGUGGCUUCGGAAAAUAUCACCAUCCGACGGGUGACCGUCCGACAAACCAGGGGCUGCAAUGCUGCAGCUUUCACCAUUGGCUCGGAAAUGUCCGGAGGGGUGCAAGACGUUAACAUCGAGGAUUGUCAUGUGAUCAAUGCCGGAGUUGCCGUGGAGAUCAAGGUAGGAUCGAGCCGGGGUGGUUUCGUCCGGCGGAUUCGGGCCAAGCGACUGCAGGUUGAUUCAACCUCCCGUGGGGGGCUAGUUGUCAUGGCUUCAUAUCCCGAGAACAACCCGUUCUGCAACGGCCGGCAGCCACCUCCCAGUGUGUCGGAUUUGUUCUUUGAGGAAAUCCGGGUCCGGGGCCCUACGACAGGCGCUCUGGUGCAGUUCCUGGGUACACCCGAAGUCUUCAUGAAGCGUCUUGCCUGCUGCAGCCUGGCAUGGUGGCUGGCAGUCCUGCAAUGCUUGUGGUCAGGCGUGCCAGUUCAGCUGUGUGAUCGCGCCCCGGCGCGUGCACAGGCUGUCUGGCCAAGCUUGGGCCGACACGAGCGGCGCAGACUGACCGAGCAGCUCAACAAAGCUUGGGCAGGCCCGGCACAGCGCCGUGCCAGACUGCUGCGUCCUCGCUUGCGAGCGAGUCGUGGCCGCCGGCACGUGCGACAAGGGCAGGCCCCGAAGAACUUGCCUACCUGGCGGGGCUGGCCGCUACGAGGGCAGCGAAUCGGGGAAGCUCAGCAUCCAGGCCCCGCGGCAAAGGAAACAGAGCACGAGGUCGUCAUCCGCAAAGAUUUUUGGACGGGGCUUCUGGAUGCAGCUCCCCAAGCCACUCCCAAGGAGAGCAGACCUAAGUUCAGCCAAGUCGAGUGGGAGGCAGCCGCAAAGAAAACGUAUCCCCAGACACUGACAGCGCUGCUGAACGGCAAGCCCGUGCUGCUGCCCAAAAAGCUUGCGGCGCCGUGGCGCAGCUUCCAGCAGCUAGACGUUGGGCGCAGGCUCGACAAGGGGCUUGCAGCGACGGCAGCGGCUGGAAUCUAUUGCUUUCCAGAGCACAACGCCGGCCAGGACAAGCAACUGCGGCACGACCUUGACACAUGGGACGGUGGCUCGUUUUCCCCUUCGCCGGAAGAAGUUCAACGCUGCGAACAAGACUCCUUCGAAGAGGACCUCAUGUCCGAGGUGAACUACGAUCCAUCCACUGAGGAAGAGGAGGAAUGCGUUCCGGGUUGCGCAGAGGAGAGCAGCGCAGACCUUCAAGCUUGGCACUUCCAAGCAUCGACGACUCUGACGACUCCAGCAAGCAACAAGAGGAGACGGCUAUGGAAAAAAACGCCGCCGCCGCGCGUCGUGCCGGAAGGCUAUCAGGCAAUCCUUCCCGAAAAGCUGCCAGACUCCAUCUGGGCCCGAGAAGCUAAGGUCUCCGUGUACACAGUGGACUUCAAGACCGCGAAGAACAAGCCUCUGAGUUUGCAGCCCCUCCAGAUCCCGGAACUUCCUUGCACGCAUCCAGAGCUCUUCUGCAUAACGGGAAAAGAACAAGGCCAAUGCUACUAUGCCGCCAAACCUCUCUGGCACAGCGCCACAGCGCGCGCGGUUCUACAAGCAUGUGAGGAUGUGCAAACGGCAUACAAAAGACUGCCGUUGCUUUUGUCGCCCAGCACCUGGAAAACUGCUGCCGGCAUCCUCGCAGACAAAGCGAACGACAUCUGGUGCGGGGACACCCCGGUGACAGAUGGACAGAGCGAGUGCAGCCCUGCAGCGGCAAAGAGAAUCGGCCUUCUGCCGCCGGACGCAGGGCCGGACAAGCCCUGCUUGUACUCGCCGUGGCAGAUCCGAGGGGUCUUGCCUUUGAGUGCCCUGGAGUGCUGCCUCUGCAAAGGCAUGCUAGUUGUCGAUGUGUAUCUCCAGAAAGGCAUAAGGCUUCGCAAGGAGUGUCGAAAAGUGCAUUGGAACCGGAGUGACCCCAACAUAGAGCACGGCUUCGCUGUUACUCAAACUACGGAGGCUGCCAUGAAGCCGGCAACCAUCAACUCGCAGGCCGCAGCGGCUCUAAUGAUGCGUGCAUGCAGCCUCCCAACGGCGGUCGAGAGGCGCGUGGCCAUCGCAGCUCUGUCGAGCUUGGUGAAGCAGUUGCAAGAAGACACUGUCGAGCAGUUGAAGUCGGUUGCUUGGGGCUUGCCCGAUGGCACGCGGAAAGCUCGCAAGGGAGUAGCACGAGUGCUGCACGACUCGCCGCCGUCGCGAGCGGCCGCUGGCCUGGCAUCCCAAGAUGCAGACAAGGAGGUCAUCGAGCGUGUGCCCCAGCAUCUACUCCGCGUGCGGCUGUGCGAAGACGACACUGAAGAGCCGGCGGAGAGCGACCGGAACCUCGUCACGAAGACCGUGGCAGAGGCGCAGCAUACACACAUCAGCAAGGGAACCAAGCGUGCGCUGCUUGGUGGCGGCGGAGCCUUCAACGGUGCUUUAACACAGCAGCGCAACGACCCGCACCUCACACUGGCGGGAGGUGCCUGGGUGCUUUUCGCUCUCGCUGACUGCACUGGAGACCUUGAGGACCGGCAAUGCUGGAUCAUUAGUGAAGGCCGCUCCAUCGUCGGUCCGGUGGUAGUCUGGAGGGUGCCGGUGGCGGGUCCCAGCGAUUUCCAGAUUUGGGAGGCCCGACCAUGGCCGCGCGACCUUUGGGCUAGACCGAACAAUUGCUGCGUUUGCAGCACAAAAGGUUUGGGCAUCACAGCCUUGGGCGGUGGCGACUAUGACGGUGACACCAUCUUCGUCACGGCCAACCGAGGACUCCUCAACUUCAUCGACCAGACGGAAGAGGCCGUGCGCAACUUGCCGCACGCGGAGGCCGCAGGCAUCAAAGAAGCCAUCGAGAAAGAGCCGCGGACGGCCUGGUCUGCAAAGAACCUUCUCCAGCGAGCCUCCGAAUAUGUACGGCAUGUGUUGAGAGUGCCGACACUGAAUGUCCGUGGGACGGCCACACGGUACUCGGAGCUCGUCCAGGAGGCCGUCGUGGUUUCGGAGGGCGACCCAGCACUGGUUCGCGCGGCUUUGAAGCAAGCCAUCCUGACCCAUCUCGCCUACGACGCACCGCACAAGACAUCGGCGGAGGCAGUCCUUCGAGUUGGGCGCUGUCUACUUGGACAGGCAGGAGUAGGGACCGCAGGCGAAAGCAGCACCUGGGGCAGCGCCUGGCGCCUGCUUGCCGACGGCCUGCCAGCAUACUCCCGAAAGCCUUGGGAGGUCGUGGCGCUGCAGAAAAGCCUCACCACGCAGGGCGUGACCAGCGUAGGCGCAGUUUGGUUACCAGAAGACAAUCGUCUUGGGCCGAGAAGCUGGACGCCAAGCGAGACUGCUUCUCGCAACAACACGAAAGCAUGA